GUAAAAGACUUCACAGACUUCACCCCGCAUCCUCCCUCACCCAGCUUUUCUCAUCUCUCUCUCUCUCUCUCUCUCUCUCUCUCUCUCUCUUUUAGAAUCCCUCCUUCUGUCUCUCUCCCUCUCGCUCCCUGCGUCUGCAACUUUUCUGAUUUUAUGGACAAAGGAUGGGGUCUCACCCUUGACUCCGACUCCCUCGGCAGCUUCCUCCUCAACAAGAACAACAAAAACAAGCUAUCCCACGAUAGGAUGUUCCCCGGUAUUCAGUUUCCGGUGCCUCUUGACCGUAGGGAGGAGCAGACAACUCCACCGCCGUCCGAUGAGAACCGGUUUUUCGUCGACGAGGUUGACUUCUUUGCGGAUAAGAGUAGGUCAGGUUUUCAGAAAGACGAUGUUGAUGAUUCCAAAGCCAUUGUCAAGAAGGAGAAUUUUCAUGGUGAAGCGGCUCCCAGGCGGCCUGAUUUGGAUGUCAACACUGGGUUGCACCUUCUGACCGCUAAUACUGGAAGUGAUCAAUCAACGGUGGAUGAUGGGAUUUCAUCAGACACUGAAGACAAGAGAGCAAAGACUGAGCUGGCACAGUUGCAAAUAGAGCUCCAACGUAUGAAUUCGGAAAACCAAAGGCUGAGAGACAUGCUUGGUCAAGUAAGCAACAAUUACAGUACCCUACAGAUGCAUCUUGUGGCAAUAAUGCAACAGCAACAGAAGCAUCAAGCCGAUAGCAGACAAGGGCAGGAGGUUGUUGAAGGUAAAUCUGAAGAGACAAAACAGGAUGUUGGAGGUGUAGUUGUGCCUAGACAGUUUAUGGAUCUAGGCCCUGGAGCCAUAGCUGAGAUAACCGAGGUAUCUCAGUCUUCAUCGGAAGACCGAACCAUUUCUGGAUCGCCUAGGAACAUUAACACCGGUAAGAGUGAGAUUGUCUCAUUUGAUAAAGAUCAGGAUGGCAAAAAGGUUGGUAGGGAAGAGAGCCCGGAGUCCGAUACACAAGGUUGGGUUCCAAAUAAGGUUCCCAAAUUGAAUGCGUCCAAGGCAAUUGACCACCAAUCCACAGAAGCUACGAUGAGGAAAGCCCGUGUCUCAGUUCGUGCACGAUCAGAAGCUCCUAUGAUCACGGAUGGCUGCCAAUGGCGAAAAUACGGACAAAAGAUGGCGAAAGGAAACCCAUGUCCCCGGGCGUAUUAUCGCUGUACUAUGGCGGUUGGCUGUCCUGUCCGCAAACAAGUUCAACGCUGUGCUGAGGACCGAACGAUUUUAAUAACCACUUAUGAAGGAAACCAUAAUCAUCCGCUUCCACCAGCAGCAAUGGCCAUGGCAUCAACCACAACGGCCGCUGCCACCAUGUUGCUAUCGGGAUCCAUGUCGAGCGCAGAUGGGUUGAUGAAUCCAAAUUUGUUGGCAAGAGCUAUUCUCCCUUGCUCAUCGAGCAUGGCGACGAUCUCAGCUUCAGCGCCAUUUCCUACUGUGACGCUGGACCUUACGCACUCCCCCAACCCGUUGCAGUUUCAAAGAUCCCCUUCCCAGUUUCCGGUUCAUUUCCAAGGCCAACAUCAGACCUUUGGGUCAGUGCCAACCCCACCACUGACUCAGGUUCUUGGUCAAGCACUCUACAACCAAUCGAAAUUCGCCGGCCUUCAGCUUUCCCAAGAAAUGGGAGCUUCCCAAUUAUCCCACGCCCAAAACCAAGCAGCAGUACCCCAACUACCGACGUUGCACCAAACUCAACCGCCUUCUUUGGCUGACACGGUGAGUGCUGCCACCGCCGCUAUCACCGCUGACCCAAACUUCACCGCAGCUCUUGCUGCGGCCAUCUCAUCUAUCAUAGGCGGAGCUCAUCCGAACAAUAACGCCGCCACCAACAACAAUAGCAACAGUGCCAACAUGACAACAAACACGAACAGCAACAAAAUCAGCAGCUUUCGUGGGAAUUAGAAGUUGUUGAUCUGAUAAUUUUCUUCGUCCUUAAUUGUUAAUUAUUUUCUCCUUGUCAAGUUUUUCUUCCUUUUUUUGGGCGGGAUGAGAAUGUGAUUACAUGUUCAUAUUUUUUUUUUUGUCCAAGUUGGGGGAGGGGUUAGAACACGAGUUCUCAUUGUUUCUAGCAAAUUGUUUCAUUCUGAAUAAUUUUAUUCAACUUUCUCGAUCGUAAAUAUACGGAAGAAGAAAAAAAGUUUGUUCCUUAAA